GUGAGGAGAUUCACUUCUUGAGCUGAGGCGAAAGUCCGGUCCCUAGAACGUGGAGAGCGGUGGUACCCAGAGGCUUGGCGAGCUCCCCUUCAGGUGUGCGUCCGCGAGCGGCCUAUGCUGUUUGGCACUCAUGGGUGUAAGCAAGUUAGAUAUUCUAUACCGGAGACUUCUCCUCACAAAACUUUUCAUCAGAGGAUGGGGAAGGCCAGAAGACCUCAAGAGGCUCUUUGAAUUCAGAAAGAUGAUUGGAAAUCGAGAAAGGUGCCAGAACCUGGUUUCAAGUGACUAUCCAGUACAUAUCGAUAAGGUUGAAGAGCAGUCAGAUUGUAAGAUCCUAGAUGGACACUUUGUUUCUCCCAUGGCCCAUUAUGUGCCUGGUAUCAUGCCAAUUGAAUCUGUUAUUGCAAGGUUCCAGUUUAUCGUGCCUAAGGAAUGGAACAGCAGAUAUAGACCUGUGUGCAUUCAUCUGGCUGGAACAGGAGACCAUCAUUACUGGAGGCGUAGAACGCUCAUGGCUCGUCCUAUGAUUAAGGAGGCCAGAAUGGCUUCGUUGUUACUAGAAAACCCUUAUUAUGGCUGCAGGAAGCCUAAGGACCAAGUAAGAUCCAGCUUAAAAAAUGUGUCUGACCUAUUUGUGAUGGGAGGCGCUCUCAUUCUUGAGUCUGCAGCUCUCUUACACUGGCUGGAGAGGGAAGGUUAUGGACCUCUUGGGAUGACUGGAAUAUCCAUGGGAGGACAUAUGGCCUCCUUAGCAGUGUCCAACUGGCCCAAGCCCAUGCCGUUGAUUCCAUGCCUGUCUUGGUCCACAGCGUCUGGGGUCUUCACUACGGGUGUAUUGAGUAAAUCAAUUAAUUGGCGGGAACUGGAAAAGCAGUAUUAUACACAGACAGUUUAUGAAAAAGAAAUUAUUCAUAUGCUUGAAUACUGUGGGACAGAUUCUUUCAAAAUGGAACAUGAGUUCAUGAAACACUUCCCUAGCAAUGCAGACAAACUGACUGACCUGAAUCUGGUCUCCAGAACUUUAAAUUUAGAUACGACAGACCAAGUUGUAUCCCCAAAGCAUGCCGAGUGCCAUAAUUCUGGUAAAACAUCUAUCAGUGCUACUUCAAAAGGACAGCUGUUGCAAGAUUCAGCUAAGAUGGAAUGCUUGAAUCAAACACUCUCAACUAACAAAAGUUGGUUUGCAAGUUACAACCCUCAGUCAUUUCACCUGCUCAGCAGAGAACAAAGAAGAAGCAAUCUUCAAAAAGAAUCUUUAAUAUUCAUGAAAGGAGUCAUGGAUGAAUGCACUCAUGUAGCAAACUUCUCAGUUCCAGUUGACCCAAGCCUCAUUAUAGUGGUUCAAGCCAAAGAGGAUGCCUAUAUUCCACGAACAGGAGUUCGAAGCUUACAAGAAAUUUGGCCUGGUUGUGAAAUCCGGUAUCUAGAAGGGGGCCAUAUCAGUGCUUAUCUCUUUAAACAAGGACUCUUCAGACAAGCCAUCUACGAUGCCUUUGAACGUUUCCUUCAUAAAUAUGCUAACUAAUUGGAUCAAAGUAUUGUAAAACAUCCUAUUUCCUGCUAAAAAGAGUUCACCCUGUGAUGAUGUGAAAAACAAGCAGACAGCACUACAUGCCUGAUUGUUGCCAAAUUAGUCUGUUUUGCCAGUGUUACGGGUCAGUUACCAACUGUAGAUACAUUUUAGUAAUGUAAAAACAGUACUUGAAUCAUAUAAUCCUGAAGUAUUUGUAAAUCUUUUAAAAAUCUCAUAUACCUUAUAUAACAUCUACUAUUUAUGAACAU